AUGGAAGGUAAAAAAGAAGAGGGUAUAAGGAAAGGGCCAUGGAAGGCAGAGGAAGACGAAGUGCUGUUAAAGCAUGUGAAGAAAUGUGGUCCGAGAGACUGGAGCUCCAUUCGAUCCAAGGGUCUCUUGCAGCGUACCGGAAAGUCGUGCCGGCUCCGUUGGGUCAAUAAGCUCCGUCCCAACUUGAAGAAUGGGUGCAAAUUUUCGGUGGAGGAGGAGAGGGUGGUGAUAGAGUUGCAAGCACAAUUUGGGAACAAAUGGGCAAGAAUAGCGACCUAUUUGCCGGGGAGGACGGACAAUGACGUCAAGAAUUUUUGGAGCAGCAGGCAGAAGAGGCUGGCUAGGAUUCUGCAGACAUCAGCAGCAGCACCAGCCACACCCUCCUCCAAAUCACAUAAAACCAAAGGGGAAGUCUCUGGUUUUCAUGAGCUUCCCACCAUUGUGGAGUUCAUCGCAAUUACGCAUAGAUUUCAUACACAAAUAUAUAGAUAA